GCUCCGCCCACCGGCCCUGCGUAUCUCCGCCCUCAUUCGGCCUGUGCCCAAAUUGGGAGGUGUUUAUUAGUGCACGGAUUCAAGCUGGGAUUUGCCUUAGAGUUUGGAAGACGCGCCCAGACGGCGCGCGUUUCCAGAGAAUUGGGGAUGUGCGUGCUGGACUUCGGGUGCGGGGAGCUCUGGGAGGGGCUGCGAGGUGCAGAGGUGUGGGAGGGGGUUGCGUCGCGCCACCGGUCUCUCGGUCUGCGUCUGUUAGAGCCGGCAGCGCAGAGGUGGAACUCGCUUUGGCUUCCAACUUGGGCUGACCGGGUGGUGCUGAUCUGGAGAGGCCGGGUGACCCCAGGCUUGCAAAUGUGCGAACACUAAGGCUCUUUUCUCACCCCAGGAUUGAAAGGGGGUGCACUGGCGAUAAGGAGGGAUCCCGAGAGGGCUACGUCCCGCCCCCUCUUGUCUAGAGGGCCACUCCCAGGACUUAGGCCUGCCGGCAAGCUAGGCAUACGUUAGUUUAUCUGCAGGUCCCGACUCGGGGACGCCAGCCCAGACCCUGGGAUCUGCACCUAAACUGGGUUUUUCUGAUGCUGGCUGCGACUUUCUUUUGGUAUUUCAAACUCACCGCAUCCUCUGCGGUCUACGUCCUCCACGGUAUCCGGAAAGCCCCAACCACAUGGGUUACCUUCCAGGUUCCUCCUAAUGGAGUGGGAUGCGCUCCUGCUCUUCGUGCAAAAGCUACCUGACCUCUGGCAACCAGUCCCCAGCUUGAUGUGACAGCUGCCGUGACAGACCUUCCUCCCACAUUAGUGCUUAGUGCCACGCCCCCUCGGGUGGUGCGUGCGGGUGGCCGUUUCUACGCCCACCUGCCGUCCCCACCCUCCCUUUUCUCUUUGGCACCGCUCGGCGGCUUACUCAAUGAAACGCUAAUUCAGUUAUCCCCAGUGUUUUCUUUUUCCUUUAAAAGAACACUCAGCGAGAUCACAAACAGGACUUGGUCACGCUACAUGCCCCCACCCCUACCCCAACUUGGAGUGGGCAAGAGAGGACUCCUUUGGAAUUGGUAUCAUUCAGGAUUUUUGAUUCAAAGUGUGACGUGGCUAAAUGUAAAAUGAGACAGAAGAGGGGCUGCUUACACCCCAGGGUGGGGGGGGGGUUGGGGGAGAGCAAGCAGGCUUCCCAAAUGCUUAAUGUAAUCACGGGCCAGCUGCAUGCACUUGUGAAGUUGUUAUAACCCCCCUCCUUGUUAUAAACAGGAAAGCACAGGAUAUAAAGCAAAAGACCCGCAUCCACAAAUACCAGCUCACCCGCCAGCUGCCAAGUGCCCCUUGAUGGUGUUUCUUGAUUGCAACCUUAGCCCCCCAGAAAGACUCUGGUGUUGCCCCCAACUCGGCAAACAGUGUUUUUGAAUUCUUCUUCAACCAGAGCUACAGACCUGGUACCCUUGUACCUUCUGCUCUCCUCUGCCUUCCUGCAAGGAGAGGUUGGCCCCUGGGGUCCACUCCACUUUGGGGGCAUUCACACCUGGAGAAUGCCUGUCUCCCACAGAGUGAGCCCAGCAUCUGUCUGGAAAGGGCUGCACCCCACUUCAGACACCAAACCUCUCAUGGGGGACACUACCUCUAAAAAAGGUUUUGGUCAAGGGCCUCAGAAAGUACUUUGUAGGGCCUUGCUCUCUCCAUCUCCUAAUGACGUGGAAGAAGAGAGACCUUUUGUGGGAGACUCAAGGUUAUGGGGUGCCCCUAGGCCAACAGUAAAACCCACGCUGGUGCCCCCCCACCCUGCCUUCCUGGCCCUGCAGACCCGGCUUCGAGCCACCCGUCCACAUCCUGCCUCACUGACUGUGUGUGCUUACAGCGUCAAGGGGUGGACGUGAUAUUUCAAACAUCAGAUCAGUGCGUUUAUAUAUUGGGUGCCCGGAAAUUUUUCCAAAUAAACACAGCUUGAUUCAACUUGGGUGGGCGGACUUAUCAACAGACUAAUUCUAUAAACAAAUGAAGGAAUAGCCCCGAAACCGAUUGGCUGGUAUCAAAAAGACACGUGGAGAGAAAAGCUUGGAGUUUUUCAGCAAUGAAAUUUUAAUUAAUGUGGGUGGGCUGAGAACACAACGACUGUUUAUCAUAGACAAUUUAUUUUCCAGCGCUAAGUCAACAUAUAAUAGCAAACUUACAACAAUUAUUUAACAUUUUUAAAGCCAUGAAGAAAGGACAGAGUGCGGAGCAGCCAGGGAGAGCGGCAGAGCGGAGGGCAGACUGGAGGCAGGCUCCCCAGGAGGGCCCUUGUGGCGCGCGGCGCAGUCCUUGAGCCUCCGGGGUCGCCUGCCUACCGGAGCGCAGCGCCGGCUCUGGCUCGCCAUGAGUCACCUCUUCGGUCCCCGGCUGCCUGCUCUGGCCGCCUCGCCCAUGCUCUAUCUGUACGGCCCUGAGAGACCCGGGCUGCCUCUGGCCUUCGCCCCCGCGGCUGCUCUGGCCGCCUCGGGCCGAGCGGAGCCCCCACAGAAGCCACCGUACAGCUACAUCGCGCUCAUAGCCAUGGCGAUCCAGGACGCGCCCGAGCAGAGGGUCACACUCAACGGCAUCUACCAGUUCAUCAUGGACCGCUUCCCCUUCUACCACGACAACCGGCAGGGCUGGCAGAACAGCAUCCGCCACAACCUCUCGCUCAACGACUGCUUUGUCAAGGUGCCCCGCGAGAAAGGGCGGCCGGGCAAGGGCAGCUACUGGACGCUGGACCCUCGCUGCUUGGAUAUGUUCGAGAAUGGCAACUACCGGCGCCGGAAGAGGAAGCCCAAACCCGGCGCCGGGGCCCCGGAGGCCAAGCGGGCUCGCGCGGAGCUGCAGGAGCGCGGCUCAGAGGCGCGGCCCCAGGCGGCCAGCGGGGCAGCGCGCCCCAGUCCCGGAAGCCCCAGCCGUGAGGGAGCGCCCAAGCGCCCCUCGCCCCUCGGGGAAGGCUCCUCUCCGCAGGCGUCCCUCCACUGGCUGGGCCCUGGGUCGCCGGACCAGGACGCAGGCGAUGCUGUCCAGGGCACCGUGGCGGUGGGCCAGCCAGCGCGCACGGGGGAUGGCCCAGGGUCCCCUCCGCGGCCCGCCUCCCGCAGCUCUCCGAAGAGCUCCAAGUCCAAUAGCUUCAGCAUCGACAGCAUCCUGGCGGAGAGGCAGGGCCAGACACCGGCUGGAGGGGGCGAGGUCCCGGGGGACGCCAAGCCAGGGCCGGCCGGCGGCCUGGGCGCCUCACUUCUGGCCGCCUCCUCCAGUCUCCGUCCACCUUUCAACGCCUCCCUGAUGCUGGACCCGCACGUCCAGGGCGGCUUUUACCAGCUGGGGAUCCCUUUCCUCUCUUACUUCCCCCUGCAGCUCCCCGAGGCGGUGCUUCGCUUCCAGUAAAGCAAGCAGUGGCGCGCUCUGUCCUCUGCCCUGGCGGAGCCUCCUCUGAGCCACCGGCCACCGUCCCACCGUCGCGCCGUCAGGAGAAGAGGCACAUUCUUUUAAAAGGGAUCUUUGCUUGUGUAGACAAUAGGGUUCUGGUCAGCCUCGCCAACUUCUGUGCGUAGGUGAGCGCGUUUGCCCCCCUCCUCAGGAGUGGAUUUACCCAGCAAUGGGAACUGGCCUUGGAGAUCUAAAGAACCACCUUGUGGGGAUUUGAACAGACCCUUUCCAGGAGAAUUCCUUGACCUAAUGACUUGAUCCUCUGCUGCCACCACAGGCCCUGGGCUACUAGGCAGGAGAACCCUGCUGACCACCUGAACACAGGACUACAGUCACCGUGGCCUUUGGAUCUACAUGCUAUGGUGGCAGGCUCCCAUGUCUCGCAUGGCCUGGGCUUUGACUUUGAGUCCCCUAUGUUGGGGGGGGGCAGUUCUCAGUUGGCUUUGUCCCAGAAGUCCAGUUUGGGGCGCAGGGUGGCCCUUAUUCCAUGGGGUCAUUUUGGAAAUGUAGGCCUGGUUAGCAUUUAUGACCAAGGUUAAGGUGGAUGCCCAGAAACCCCGGAACGCAGUGACACUUGUAUUUUAAAUGGAGAAUUCUUCUCUGAAUUUCUUUCUAGGCAGUAAAAGAAACACGCUUUAUUCUUUGCCUAAACACUUGGCUCUUUCUACUCUCACAGGAACAGCUUCUCCUGAGGCGCACGCUGGGUAAGGUGGUGUUCCAUUGCCUAGUGAGAUGAGUCUACAUUUCCUGCCGGGUCUAUAAUUCAGAAUAGCCGCUCUGCUUUUGUUUUUGUUUUUAAGGGAUUGAAAGAUUUUAAGCGACAGGGGGAGGGUGUGGAGGGUGGAGUAUGCCUUAGACGACAUCAGACUUUUUUUUUUAUUAUUUCCAUAGUUUUUCAAGAUCUGGGUUUGGUUUUCGCUACAUUUUCCAGAAUCCUGUAAUGAAGGACUAAUUUAAUCCAAAAAGCCAAAUGAGGCAAACGUAUACUGAUUGAGGGAGAGAUGGGUUAAUUUGGGAAGAGCAAGGAAACUUGCUAUUGACUGAGGAAGGGUCCGGCCCAGGAGGAUUGCAAUAGAGCCUGGUGGAGCUCCAAGCCCCUUCCUGCAGACCAGGAGGCUGAAUAAACACCUUGAGGAGGUGAUUGGAAGUCUGUUGGGCAGCUGGGUCUGCCACAAAGAUCUGGUAAGCUCCAGCCUCUGGGGGACCACUCUCAGACUCCCAGACUCCCACGCACCUCCACUCGGGCUGCCUUGUGGGUCCUGAAACUCGAUUUCCUGAACGUCCAAGGAACUUGUGUCUUGUCUGGUGUAGGAAAGGUACAAAGAGCCAUGAGUUCUUGGAGGUGGACUGAGAGAGGCCUUCAGAAUAACCAAGAUAUUUCCCAGGACUUGUACAGAAAUGGUUCUGAGCUUUAAGUCAAAAGGGCUUCCUGGUCCACAGGUUCGAAGGAUGUUUGGGGCAGGCAGAGGGUGCCCAGAGCGCGUAGGCCCUUUGCACAGCCACCAUGCAGACUGAUCCGCAGGCAUUUCCAGGGCAGGGUUCUACCCAGGCUGACGGGAAGACUUCAGUGAGCUCAGGAGCGUCCUUGAUCUGCAGAGGCCCCUGGGCGAGGGCCGGGCUCACUGUGCUGAACUUAAAAUGUGGUGGGCUGUCAUUGGAUAUUUUGUUAUCCCACACUCUCAGCCUCUGUGAAUAAAGUUGUUUUUACAUUAA